AUGACAUACUACGGCGGUCGCCAUCACUACCGCCAAUCUCGACACAACUACCCACAGUCCAGCUAUUCCAAAGAAUACGAUGGUCCCCACGAUGAUCGAACUCCCCAGUUGGGUGUUGUUCGUCGUCGUAAUGGAAGCGAUGACUCCAUCGAGGGAGCCUACGGCGACUACCCCCUAGGGGGCUAUGGCUACGAGUAUGGCUACGGGCAUCCGCAUCCUCGCCUGUCUCGAGUAGCCAGCGUCCGAGAUAGUGUACGCCGAUCUCAUUCUAUGGGAGACCGCGAUCCCUAUUAUAGUGACUUGGACUACUCUCGUUCACGCCGUAGUCGGCGAUCCAGGCACAAUGAUGAUCGACGCCACCUUCAUAGACACCCCGCGCGCUCACCCUCUAUCAGCCACUCCUCACCCCCUCGUCGCCGCAAGUCCCUCUCCGAUCAGGCUCUGGGUGUUCUAGGUCUUGACACCGCUGCUUCGUCGGCGUCGAAGCACCGCGACCGCAGCCGUGGCCGUUCUCGUCGCCAUAGGUCUGACUCCUACUCGCCAUCUCCCACUCGGAGCCGAAAUCGUCGCCACGGAGACAAGGGCGAUCAGCGAAUCGCUCAGGCUGUCAAGGCAGCUCUAACUGCAGGCGCAGUAGAAGCUUUCCGAUCGCGUAAAGAGCCGGGCGAUUGGACUGGUGCAAAAGGGAAACGGGUCCUGACCGCUGCGAUUACCGCCGGAGGGGCUGAUGGAUUGGUGGACCGUGAUGCUAAAAAGCACGCGAAGCGGCAUGUUGUUGAAUCCACCUUGGCGGGGCUUGCUAUGAACCAUCUCAUGAACGGAUCGAGCUCCCGAUCCCGGUCAAAGCACCGUGGACGCUCCAAAGGCCGAGGAAGCGGCCUUGGAGACCUUGCCGCCUCGGGGGCCUUGGCUGCAGCAGGAAAGGAAGCGUACAGUCGAUUCCGGUCCAAGUCUCGUCAUCGGGGCCGUUCUGUGUCGCAGGAUAGCUAUGAGGACCAGCCACAACGGUCAAAAAAGCGCAGUAAGAGUGUGUCCGACUAUAUCAACCGCGGUAUGGAAGCCCUAGGCCUUGAGGACAAGAAUAAGGAUGAUCGGAGAGACCGCCGCCGUGACCGGCAACACCAUGAGGACUAUUCGGACGAUGACUAUGACAGUGGCAACAGGUCUAGACGAUAUGGGAGCCCUAGGAGCUCUAGGCACACUAGAGAUGUAGGUCGACCCUCCUACCCCAGUGACGCUCGCAGAGAACCCCUUCCACUGUGGUCAUCACACUAUCCGGACCCAGCGGAGAAGGUGGCCAUAACCAAUCCCAAGAUCGUCACUACAGUUACCGAUGAGGAGAAAACGAACGCUCCCGCGAAACCCUACUAG